GCCGGGGCGCGGGCAGCGCGGCGACGCGGCGCUCGGGGAGCCGGCCCAGGCCCGCGGAGCCCGGCGGGGCAAGGCAGGGCGAGGCAGCGGAGGGAGGCCCAACCCCGACCCGGCGCCUGCUUGCCCCACCGGCAGCGACCCGGGUCCCGGCCGAGGUCUGUCGAGGCUGUGAGCAGAGAGCGAACCGGCAGGAGGCAGCUGGAGCCGAGCGGAGGCUGCGAGCCCCGUGCGCCCCGGCUCGGCCCGGCCCGGCCCGCUGCGCGCCCCCUCCCCUCCGCUCCCCUCGCCUCCUCCCCUCGGCUCGGCGCGCUCCCGCCCGGGCCCCCUCCAGCCCGGCUGGGGCCCCCUGCCUCGCGCGCUCGCGGCGCGGCCCGGCGGGAACGGGGUCCCCCGCGGCCGGCACCGGCCCUGCCCCCGGGGCCCCGGCGGAUUCCGGACCUUUCCGAACGUGGACUGGGCAGUGGGAGCGUCCUCGCCCCCGGCGGACCGCGGGCUGGGCUGAGCGGACCCUCGCGGCCGCUCCGGACGCCGCGGGUUCCCGAGCGCGGACAUUCCGGGUCCGGGCUGAGCGUCCCGGGCAACGGGCGGUGCCAGCUCACUCCGAGCAGGGCAAGGCAGACCUCGGCGAAGCCCGGACCCGGCCGGUCUGGACUGGACAGAGCGCAUCCCGGACGGUGCCGGACCCGGAGAAUGCCGGGCUUGGGCUGAGGGGGUACCGGCGCCCUCCGAUCCCUCUGACUUUGGCUCGCGCGCUGGGACCGGACCGGUGUCACCUCGGUCGCCCUGCGCCCGGGUCACCUGUGGCCUCGGAGCCCCGAGCCGGCCGGACCCUCGCUCAUUCCCAGCCCGGAGCCUGGCGGGGGUUGGGGAGAUUUUUCCUGCCCCCUUCUUUGGAGUGCGGAGGCCCUGCCCCCUCCCAUCGCCCAGAUGUCUCCCGCGGUGGCUUCUUCGAGGACCUCCCUGAGGCCAGGGGGCGAAGGGUCCAGAGAAAGAAGCCCUCCUUAGGGGAGCCUUGGGGGCCCCCCAACCUCGUCUUGGGGCUUGGCCCCCGACGCGCUUGGAGGGAAGGCCGGUGUCCCCACCCUCGGGGGCUGCCCUCCUGCAAUCCAGCUCCCUUCCCAGAGCUACCCACAUCUGGAGCCCCCUCCACAUCUAGAAGACCUGGGCCAACACCCCUCUGCAAGUGUCAAUUGCUCCUUGAGUCCCUCUGCCUUCCCAACUGCCUAGGAGUUGUGAGGGGGUUACUGCUGUCCCCCCUACCCCUAAUCCCAAGGGCAUCUCUUACCCUUAGCCCCUGCAGCGACAUCCCCCUGCCUCUGUGUCCAGGCUUACCCAGAGAUCAGCUCUGCCCAGCCACAGGCACUUCAAGUCCUGGAGGCCACUCCUGAGACCCAAGGCCCUUCCCUCUGUCUCCCUGUGUCCUCACCUUGACCCUCUCUGUCAGACCUUGUCCCCCUCUGGGUGUCCCAUUCCCCACCCAGAGACAGAGGAGGUGGGGGUGGCAGAGGGCAAGGCUGGGUGAGGGCUGCCCAGGGCCAGGGUGGGCUGGGGGGCCGUUAAGAUGUGGAGCUCUGCCCGGCCGAGGGGGGCUCCGCGGAGGCAGACGCAGCGUGUGCCUGGCUGGGGGGAAUAUGGGCAGGCCCGCAGCCACGUGGUGAAGGAUGAACAUUCGGGGCACCCCGGACCUCGGGCAGCCCAGUGACGACCCCAGCAGUGGCGGCGAACGAGAGCGGAUUCGACAGCGCAUGAAGAUGGUUAUCGGGCAGCUUGAGGGCAUCCUGCGGGAGCUCAAGGAGGUGGCCAAGGAGCUAAGGGAGGUGGUGAGCCAGAUUGAUAAGCUAACCUCAGACUUCGACUUCGAGCUGGAGCCCGACGACUGGACCACGGCGACUGUGAGCAGCACCUCCAGCAGUGACAAGGCGGGCGUGGGCGGCCCCUUUGACCUGGGCCACCUGGACUUCAUGACGGCCGACAUCCUCUCAGACAGCUGGGAGUUCUGCUCCUUUCUGGACGCCUCCACCCCCUCGGAUUCCAUGGACGGCCCCGAGUCGGCCCGACCAGGUGCUGGCCCUGACUACCGGCUCAUGAACGGCGGCACGCCCAUCCCCAAUGGGCCCAGGGUGGAGACCCCGGACUCCUCCAGCGAGGAGGCCUUCAGCGCUGGCCCCACCAAGGGCCCGCUAACCCAGCGGACCCCGGGCACGCGGGAGAGGGUGCGGUUCAGUGACAAAGUGCUCUACCACGCACUGUGCUGUGACGACGAGGAGGGGGGCGGCGAGGAGGAGGCGGAGGAGGAGGAGGUGGGCCUGCCCCCCGAGCCUCCCCGCACAGAAGCUCACGCGGGCCCCCUCAAGCCCUCCCCAGCUCCCUACAAGCCAAAGCGCUCCCCACUGACUGGCCGCCGCCCAGGCCCCCCCUUGGUCCCCGAGCAGACCCGGAGGGUCACAAGGAACAGCAGCACCCAGACGGUGUCGGACAAGAGCACGCAGACGGUGCUGCCCUACACGGCCUCCAGACAGAAAGCCAGAGGGAAAAACUAGGGGCCAGGGUGGGCUGGGGGGCGGGGGGCACAUAGAGCUAUAAAUAUAUAUAUAUAUUUAAACAAGCGCAG